CGUCAUAAGGCUGCGCCGCUUCUGCACUGUGAUUCGACUGGAGAAAGGAUAAAGGGUCCAAACACAGAGAAAAACUCCUGCUGAAGCGACUGAUCUCCACACUGUUAUAAAGAUGGCGUUUAUUAAAGUGGAGAGUGAAGACCUGAAGAUUGAAGAAACAUUCACAGUCAAACAGGAAGAUCUGCAGGAACAAACAGACCUAAUUGAAGAGAAUAAGGGGAGUAAAGAGGAGGAACAUCAUGUCAAAAUUGAGAAAAAAACUCAUUCACAGACUGAUGGUAUUUUGAAAAGGAGAGGCAAGAAUCGUUUCAUGUGCACCUGCACUCAGUGUGGAAAGAGUUUUGGAAAAAAAGGCUAUCUUAAGAUUCACAUGAUGAUCCACACUGGAGAGAAACCAUUCACAUGCACUCAGUGUGGGAAGAGUUUCAGCCAAUCAUCAUCCCUUAAUGGCCACAUGAGGAUCCACACUGGAGAGAAACCAUUCACAUGCACUCAGUGUGGGAAGAGUUUCAGCCAUUCAUCAUCCCUUAAAGACCACAUGAGGAUUCACACAGGAGAGAAACCAUUCACAUGCACUCAGUGUGGGAAGAGUUUCAGCCUUUCAUCAUCCCGUUAUCACCACAUGAGGAUCCACACUGGAGAGAAACCAUUCACAUGCACUCAGUGUGGGAAAAGUUUCAGCCAUUCAUCAUCCCAUUAUCACCACAUGAGGAUCCACACUGGAGAGAAACCAUUCAUAUGCACUCAGUGUGGGAAGAGUUUCAGCCAAUCAUCAUCCCUUAAUAAACACAUGAGGAUCCACACUGGAGAGAAACCAUUCGCAUGCACUCAGUGUGGGAAGAGUUUCAGCCAAUCAUCAAACUUUAAUCUACACAUGAUGAUCCAUACUGGAGAGAAACCAUUCACAUGCACUCAGUGUGGAAAAAGUUUCAGCCAAUUAUCAUCUCUUAAUCAACACAUGAGGAUCCACACUGGAGAGAAACCAUUCACUUGCACUCAGUGUGGGAAGAGUUUCAGCCAACCAUCAUCCCUUAAUCUACACAUGAUGAGCCACACUGGAGAGAAACCAUUCACUUGCACUCAGUGUGGGAGAAGUUUCAUCCAAUCAUCAGACCUUAAUAAACACAUGAAGACCCACACUGGAGAGAAACCAUUCUCAUGCACUCAGUGUGGGAAGAGUUUCAGCCAAUCAUCAUCCCUUAAUCCACACAUGAUGAGCCACACUGGAGAGAAACCAUUCACAUGCACUCAGUGUGGGAAAAGUUUUCACUGCUCUUCACAUCUUAAUCAACACAUGAGGAUCCACACUGGAGAGAAACCAUUCACUUGCACUCAGUGUGGGAGGAGUUUCAGCCAAUCAUCAGACCUUAAUAAACACUCGAAGACCCACACUGGAGAGAAACCGUUCACAUGCACUCAGUGUGGGAAAAGUUUUCACUGCUCUUCACAACUUAAUCAACACAUGAGGAUCCACACUGGAGAGAAACCAUUCACUUGCACUCAGUGUGGGAGGAGUUUCAGCCAAUCAUCAUCCCUUGAUCAACACAUGAGGAUCCACACUGGAGAGAAACCAUUCACUUGCACUCAGUGUGGGAGGAGUUUCAGCCAAUCAUCAUCCCUUAAUCAACACAUGAGGAUCCACACUGGAGAGAAACCAUUCACAUGCACUCAGUGUGGGAAGAGUUUCAACCGAUCAGCAAACCUUAAUAAACACAGAAAGAUUCACACUGGUGUGAAUAUAUGAGCUCCAAAAUUGAAACUGCACCAGACAACUCACACUGGAGAGACAGUACACUGUGACAAGAGGUUUAUUCAGUUAACACAUCUGAAAACACAAAAGAGGAUUUAUACUGGAGAGAAACCCUACAGAUCUGAUCAGUGUCUACAGAGUUUCGCUCAUUCGGCGCAGCUUAAGAAACACAUGGACAAAAAGUUUCACACAUGACAUGAAUGCAGCAAAACACUUUCUCAUGUUCACAGGAUGUUUCAUGUCUGAAUAAUGUUAGAAAAGGCUGAGUGAUGGUAUACUGUUUUCCAGCAGUCCUACACUGCAGUAGGUGGAGUUGUAAAUUUGUUGCGCUCGCGUUUACCAUAAACACAAUGAUGGCGGCUGAGAGAAGAACCGUUUCAUAAACAUCUGGCACACAUCACCACAGUGCGGAUACAUCUGUACUCUACUCUCCAGUGUAUUCAUGUAGCUAGUGUUGUUCUGACUCCUAGAAUGAGAAACAAAUCACUGGGAAGACACCGCACAUCAAAGAAGGUGGAGCUCCAGGAUGGUUAGUUUGCAGUAUACCAGGGCCUCAAGUUUAGAAAGCCCAUUUAAUUGCCCUGUGUUGCAUCUUUUAUUAGUAAAGUUUCCUU